AUGGCGUCGACGAAGGUCAUGGUGCGCGACAAGGUCGCCGCGGAGCGCGGGGGGCAGCUCCUGACGCUCGACGGCGCCAUGGCCCACGCCCUGACCCUGAACCUGAGCGACCGGAACCUGAGCGACGGCGACUGCAAGCACAUGGCAUCGACACUCCUCGACGAGCUCCGGCGGCGCUUCCAGGAGGUGACCCUCAUGCGGAACCGGUCCGCGCUCCUCGAGGUGAACAUCAAGCUCCAGGACAACGCCAUCGGCGACCGGGGCUGCUCCGCGCUCGUCACCACGCUGCUGCUCACGUCGGGCAUCGCGCGGAUCAAGAGCCUCCUCCUCCACAACAACCGCAUCUCCGACGAGGGCGCCCUGCGCGUCGCGGAGCUGCUCGAGAAGGCGAAGCACCCCGUCGGCGAGGUGCGCCUCGGCGGGAACCCGGCCGUGACGGGCCGCGGCGCGCGCGCGGUCCUCGACGCGGCGCGGCGGCGCGACACGUUCGCGUCGCUGCCGCGGGGCCCCGCGUCGCAGGCGCCGGCCUCCGGCGGCGCCAGCGCCCGGGGCUACGCCGCCGGCGCGCGCUUCUCCCGGCCGAACCCGCACCGGCCCCUGUUCCGGGGCGACGGCGCGCGGCUGUGGCUCCGCGUCGCGGAAUUGGACCCGCCGCUCCGGGACGACGAGCUGGCGAACCUCGCCGAGCGCAUCGUCGAGGAGGUCACGAAGAAGCGGGAGACGGCGCGCCUGCCGACGACGGGCACGCUCUUCGAGCUGCGCCUGGACCUCCAGGGCGGCGACGUCGCGGACGACGGCGUCCGCGGCCUCGUCGACGCGCUCGCGUCGCUCCGCGACGUCGCCUACGUGCGCGACCUGCGGCUCUACAAGAACCGCGUCGGCGACGGCGGCGCGGCGGCCCUCGCGGAGCUGCUGCAGACCCAGCGCAAGCCCAUGGAGGAGCUCCACCUCAGCGACAAUCGCGUCACGGACCGCGGCGUCGCGACGCUCCUCGAGGCGGCCCACGCCGUCUACCCCGUCGGCGGCGACGCGCGGCGCCGGGGCUGGCCGCUCUGGCUGAACCUGGAGCGCAACGGCGUCCGCGACGCGCGGCGGUGCCUCGCGGACGCCGCGAAGCGCCUGCGGUGCGGCGUCUGCCUCGCCGAGAAGCGCGCGUGCCGGCGCGACGUCUGCGCCGGGGCCUCCGGCGUCGCGACGGCGGUCCACAUGCGCGGCUUCCUGAACCAGGACGCGGCGCCGCGGCUCUGGGACCCGGAGGACGACGCGCCGCCGCCGCCGCGGCGGCCCGCGCGCGACGCGGCGCCGCCGCCGCCGCGCGCGGACCCGGGCCCGCCGCCGCGGCCGCGCAUGGCGCCGCGGGGCGGCCAGCUGCUGGCGCCCGACGGCGCCGGCGGCGUCGUGCUCCGCCUCGUCGGCGAGUCGCCGCCGCUCCGCGACGAGGACGCCAUCUCCGUCGCGCUGUCGAUCACCGUCGAGGUCCGCGAGCGCGCGGCGGGUUUCGGCGAGCCCCUGGCCAUGGCCAUCCACCUCGACGACAACGCGUUGGGCGACUACGGCGCCAUCGCCAUCGCCGGCGCGCUCCUGGACGUGUCGACGCUCGUCCGGGUCACGAAGCUGUCGCUCGCGCGGAACCGCAUCGGCGACCAGGGCGCGCGCGGCGUCGCGGACCUCGUCGAGAGCCUCGACGAGCCCAUCGCCGACGUCGACCUGUCGCACAACCGGCUCACGAAGUGCGACACCCUCGUCACGGCGGCCGCGGGCCGCUACCCGGCGCCGGGGAGAACCGGGAAGCGAAGGCCGCUCAAGCUCCGCGUGUCGCACAACCUCAUCCCCCUCGACGACCUCCACCGCACGAUCCACCUCGCGAAGAAGCUCGGGCUGCCCCUCUGCUUCGAGGAGAAGUUCGCCGGCGCGCCGCCGGGCUGCGCGCUCCACCUCGCCGACUUCAUGACGCAGGCCGACGACCCCUCGGCGCUCGAGCCGCGCGGCCGGCCGCCCGCGAAGCCGCCGGCGCCCAAGCCCGCGCCGCAAAAGCCCGCGCCGCAAAAGCCCGCGCCGGCGCCGAAGAAGCCCGCCGAGCCCACGUCCGUGCUCGCGCGGAAGAAGAAGCCCGCGCCGCCGCCGGAGCCCGUGGACGACGGGCCCGGCGACGACGAGACCGACGAGGAGAAGGCCCUCGAGGCCCAGAUCGCGGCCCUCCAGUCCCAGCUCGCCCAGAAGAAGCGGGCCAAGAGCCCCGCGCCGCCGAAGCGGGCCAAGAGCCCCGCGCCGCCGAAGCGCGACGCGGCGCCGCCGCGCGCGCGGACGCCGCCGCGGGCCGCGAGCCCGCCGCCGCGGCCCGCGACGCCCGACGACGACGACGACGUGCCCGGCGCCGAGCCGCUCGUCGCGGACGCGGCGCCGCUCCUCGGCCGCAUCGCCGCGGGCCGCGGCGUCGCGGACGCCGCCGCGGCGCCGCAAAAGCCCAAGGCCGCGCCCAAGGCCGCGCCCAAGCCCAAGCCGCCCGGGUCCGGCCCCCUCGUCGGCGCGUCCAUGCGCACCUACGGCUACAGCGAGAAGCACGCCAAGUGGAUCGAGGGCGCGUUCCUCCGGUGCGAAAAGCGCGCGCCGCUCGGCGCCGACGGCGAGAGCUGGGUGCUCUUCGAGCCGUCGGACGUCUACAAGUACGGCCUCCGCGGGUCCCUCCAGCCCGCGGAGCAGCGGAGCCUGCAGGACCGCAUGCUCCGCAAGGGCUGCGUGUCCAUCGUCACCGUCGCGCCGCGGAAAGAUUCGACGGCCGUGUCCGUCCUCGCGUGUCUGGAGUCGCUCCAGGACUACUCCCAGGAGCAGAUCCGCGCCAUCCUCGACGCCUGCAUGGACGACGUGCUGGAGUACCGCGCGGCCAAGGGCAAGAAGCCCAAGGAUGCCGACGCGCGCGCGGCCGUCGCGUCCGAGGACGCGCGCGAACCGGCCGCGGACGACUUCGAGCGGUCCAAGGAGGACCUCGAGCAGGCCGUCGCGGCGGAGAAGAAGAAGAAGCCCAAGAAGAAGAAGCCCAAGAAGGCGCCGGCGCCGCCCGCGGACGCGGCGGCGCCGUCGGCGACGCGCGACGACGCGCCCGCGCCCGAGAAGGAGCCCGAGGCGCCCGCGGAAACGGAGCCGCCCGCGAAGGCGCCGGCGCCCGUCGUCAAGGCGCCGGCGCCCGUCGUCAAGGCGCCGGCGCCCGUCGCGAAGGCGCCGGAGCCGAAGCGCGAGAGCGCCGUCGAGCUGCAGAAGCGCGUCGAGCGCGAGCGGCUCGAGUCCACGCUCGAAAAGGCCCGGGCGCUCGAGGAGGCGGCCGCGGCGUCCGCGGCGCGCGACGCCGAGACGGCGGCCAGGGUCGGCUGCGCGUCGCUCGUCGCGUCCCUCGACGCGCUCGGCCGCGACGAGUGGGACUACGUCGUCGGCUCCGUCGACGGCGGCGACGGCGACAACGUGUCCACGGUGCUCGACGCGUUCCUGCCCGCCUUCAAGGAGCUCGGCGACGCCGCGCUCCAGGGCGCCGCCGUCGCCUGCGUGCUCGACGGCGCCAAGGCGGGCCCCGCGGGCGACCUCGCGGAUUUCGUGGCCGCGGCGCGCGCCGCCGUGCCCGAGCUCCGCGACGACGCGGGCAGCGACCCCGAGGAGGCGCACCCGGACCCCGGCGGCGAGGGCGACGACGACGACGAGCAGACGCCCAUGGCGCCCCACGUGCUCCGCAAGUGGGCCAGGGUCGUCGCGAAGGCGAAGCGCCGCGAGUCGAACAAGGCCUUCGAGGCGCCCGCCGCGCUCGCGGCCGUCGUCCUGCACCGCCGCGCGGCCGCCGCGGCGCGCAGAGCCGCCGUCGUGGCGCUGCUCCGGGGCGCCACGGUGCAGGACCUCGGCGACGACGACUUCGCGGCGGCCUGGGAGCUCAAGGGCCGCGACGCCAGGGCCGCGGCCGAGUGGCUCGCGGCGCGCAGUGGCACCGCGGAGAUGACGCGCGCGGCCCUCCGCAAGGCCCCCGCCAAGCGCGUGAGCGCCGAGGACGCCGCCAAGGCGAAGCGCAAGAAGGACCGCGAGGACGCGCGGCUCCGGGAGCAGCUCCUCGAGCGCUACGGGUCGCGGCCGUCGAACGGCGGCUGGAAGAGCUCGAUCCGGUCGCCGAACAUCGUCUACGGCAAGGAGAGCUCCAAGAUCCGCUACUUCGAGGGCAAGGUCGUGUCGACGUCCGGCCAGAAGGAGGUCAUCAUCAAGGACGACAGCGACGCGACGAAGGUGCCCCAGGUCGUCAAGAAGAACGGCACGGUCCGCGCGGCCAAGUAG